AUAAUAUAUAUAUGUAGUUACGCACUUGUAGCUUUAAGCCCGCCGCCGAACUCGACGCUCACUUCUGUCCAAGUCACUUACCCGCAAUCACGGUCCGCCGCAGCAGUGUUUCACCCGGAGUAUAUUAUACUCAUAUAAUCAAAAUAAAAUAAAAUGGAGUUCAAACAAUUUAAAGAAUUUUCGGCUGACAUGAUCGAUUACGUUGGAAAUUAUUUAGAAAACAUUCGAGAUCGGAAAGUAUUGUCAUCGGUAAAACCUGGUUACUUAAGACCACUUUUGCCAACCGAGGCGCCUAAUGAUCCUGAAAACUGGAAAGAUGUGAUGUCUGACGUCGAAAAGCUAAUUAUGCCUGGGGUUACUCAUUGGCAUUCUCCAAGAUUUCAUGCUUAUUUCCCUACGGCAAAUAGCUACCCGGCCAUUGUCGCUGACAUACUGAGCGAUUCAAUUGCUUGCAUAGGAUUUUCAUGGAUAUCAAGCCCAGCGUGUACUGAAUUGGAAGUGGUCAUGAUGGAUUGGUUGGCAAAAAUGAUAGGCUUGCCAGAAAUUUUCUUAGCCUCUGCUGGCCAGGGAGGUGGUGGAGUAAUUCAGGGCACUGCUAGCGAAGCCACUUUGGUGGCGUUGCUGGGCGCUAAGGCGCGGAUACUGCAGAUAAUGAAACAGGCGGAUCCGAAGAUUGUGGACGCGGACAUUGUUCCCAAGUUGGUUGCGUACUCGUCCGAGUUAUCCCACUCGUCCGUGGAGCGCGCUGGCCUGCUGGGCGGCGUGCUGCUCCGUGCACUGGACACAGAUGGCGAGCACAAGCUCCGCGGCGACACGCUGCGCGAUGCCAUAGCCAAGGACCGUGCGGACGGCCUGAUCCCGUUCUUCGUGGUGGCGACACUGGGCACCACCAGCUGCUGUUCGUUCGACCGCCUGGACGAGAUCGCCGAGGUGGGCAACGCCGAAAGCAUUUGGGUGCAUGUGGACGCUGCUUACGCCGGAUCUUCAUUUGUUUGCCCGGAAUAUCGUCAUUAUAUGAAAGGAGUGGAAUUAGCCGAUUCAUUCAAUUUCAAUCCUCAUAAGUGGCUUCAAGUUACUUUUGAUUGUUCAGCAAUGUGGCUAAGAAACCCAAAUUACGUGAUAAAUGCUUUCAACGUAGAUCCGCUUUAUUUAAAACACGAACUUGAGGGACAAAUGCCGGAUUACAGACAUUGGCAAAUACCGUUGGGCCGCCGUUUCCGUUCGUUAAAAAUGUGGUUUGUAUUCCGUCUAAUUGGUGUUGCAAACCUUCAAAAGUCCAUCAGAAAAGAUAUAAAUCUUGCCCUUGAAUUUGCCAAACGAUUGGAAAACGACCCAAAUUAUGAACUUUUCAAUGAAGUCAGUAUGGGAUUGGUGUGCUUCAGACUUAAGGGAUCCAACGAACUCAAUGAAGUGUUAUUGAAAGAGAUAAACGAACGAGGCACAGUGUAUAUGGUUCCAUCGAAAGUCAAAGGAACAUUUUUCUUGCGUAUGGCUAUUUGCUCGAGGUACACACAGAUAGAAGAUAUUGAUGUGACAUGGAACGAAGUGAAUGAAGCCGGUAAAACCGUAUUGAGUAAACAAUAAAAUCCGUCUGUUAGGAUUUUCAGCUAAAAUGAAUCCUGUUCAAUAAUAUAAGCGUUGAACACGAAUGAUUCUAAAACUAGUAUCGAAAAAUAUAAAAUAAUUAUCACUAAAAUCAACACUAAUUAAACAUAAUUAAAUGCAAUUGUACUCGUGCAAAUUAAAACUAAAUUUAACUGUGUUGCAAUAGAGAAUUAAUUUAACGUUUUAAUCAAUAAUGUUAAAAUAGUAUUUUUAAGGUCAUAAUAAUAUUACGCAGGUAUCUUAUUUUUAUUAAAUAAUUCAAGAACUACCAAUCCUUAAUGCUUGAAGUGUAGUUAACAAAACUAUUGUAUUAYUCUAGCAAUAUCAAAUACAAUUUUAUAAAAAAAGGUAUUCAUUAUUUAUCACGAGAAACAUUACAUUUCGGUACGUAUAUUAAAAACUGUUUAGAUUUAUCUCUCUGGMUUACUUUUUAAGAUACCUAUAUAAAUGUACCUAUUUCAGAAUACUUUAAGAUUGUUAAAUUUCUAUUACUAUUUAUUUAUUUUAGAGUUAUACUUCAGAACAAAAUUAUCAUAUUUAUAYUAUUGUUAUUAAUUAUUAUUAUUCCAUAUUUAUACAUGUAGGACGGAAAUAGCUUAAAAAGCAUCCGAAUUUAGGCCAUGAUAUUUGUAUUGUUAAUGUAUGAUAUUUAACGCGUUUGUAAACACUAURCAGUUUUAUAACUUAUUAUAACUAGCUAAYUUUAGCGCUUAUAUAUUCUGUAAUGAAAUUACGUUAUACCUAACUUAUAACUAUUAUAAAUUCCAAUAGAUAUCUAUAUUAUCCAUUAGAUUAAAUUGCACACUUAGUUAAACAUAAUCAAAUAUGUAUUACAGUUUAUAAUAUAUUAUGUAUAUGUAUUUAAAUAA